AUGAACUCCCACUCACGGAACCUCCCCAGGCUGAACGAUUCCCGCGCCUCAAACACCCUCUGGCUCCUCGAGGAGCUCCGCAUCCCCUACACCGUCCAGACCUUCCGCCGCGCCCCCAACCGCCUUGCGCCGCCGGAGCUGGCCGAGGUGCACCCCCUGGGCAAGGCUCCGAUUCUCGAGAUCACGCCCCUCACAUCUUCCGCGGUCGAUCCCGCGGGGACAACGUCCGCCAGCGGCGUUGAGCCGAAGCCCAUCCAGCUCGCAGAGAGCGGGUACAUUACCCAGUACCUCGUCGACCACUUUGGUCACCGCAAUCAGGGCCUCGUGCCGCCGCGAUGGAAGCCGGGCCAGGAGGGACGCGUCGGCGGCGAGACCGAGGCCUUUGCGAGGUUCCAGUACCUUUUGCACUACGUCGAGGGGAGCUUCUUCCCCGUGAUUGUGCAGUACCUCCUCUUUAACGUCCUCAAAUCGAGAAACGUCCCCUUCCUCAUCCGCCCCCUGACUUCCUCCGUCGCCAACCAAAUAUUCUCCAUCGUCAUCCUGCCCAACGCCAAGAAGCACCUCGCCAUGCUCGAGUACUUCCUCAAGACCGCGCCCGGCGUGGCGCGCGGCAACGCGGCGCCCUUCCUGUGUGGCCCCUCCCUCACGGCCGCCGACAUCCUCAUCAGCUUCGCCCUCGUCACGGCCGAGGCCGAGGGCGCCUGGGACGCCAUGGGACGCUGGCCGGGCGGCUCGGCGCGGGCGGCGCACCCGGUCCUGUUCGACUAUGUCGACCGGCUGCAAAGGGAGCCUGGCUACCUGAAGGUAGUGGACAAGGUCAAGGAGAUUGAGGGGAUGGAAUGA